GGGGAGGAGGAGCGAACACCGACGGUUAGCGUGACCGGACAUCUCUGGACGUCACCUGUGCCGUGUCCGUUGGUUACCGUUUACGGUUAGCGUCGUAACAGAUGUGACGUUAGUACAUUAUAACGCACAGCGAUGCAGGACACGGCGAACGACCCGAAGGCGGUGGCGCCGUGUUUGAAGAAGAUAUGCUUCCAGGCUGUCAGGAGACAUUUCGCUGCUGUGGGCAGUGAGGCGGUUCUCGGUCUUCCGACGCCUCUCAUUAAGGAUCUUCUUCCUUACCUGACGGUGUGUCAGCUGGAUGAGCUCCAGCCUUCCCUCAACCAGAGAGGGUUGUCAACUCACUCUGGCUGGAUUGGAGUCCUGCAGGACAUGUGUGGACCAAACCAUGUCACGGACUUUGACACGGAAGAAGAGGCCAAACACGAAGUGAUGAGGCUGCUUUUUACUCUCGUGUUCUACGGCUUCACGAACCCCUUCGUCAAGAGGAACAUCGCCAAUCUGAACACGCCGUCCUUCCUGUGGGCGGCAGCCAAAUGCAUCAAACAUUUCCUGCUCACCACGCCAGUUGAGAGUUUGACCGCCGAGCGGCGGCCUCUCCUGAACCUCCUGGAGAAGCGCAUCUGGAGCGUCGGCAUCUCCCAGAGCAUCGACAUAUCGAAGAGGAGGACGCAGACCGCCUUGUAUGUCCUCCAUCGCCUGCUGGACCACGGGGCGGCCAAGAAAGUGGUGGUGCAUGUGCAGUGUCCCUUAGUGCUGGCCUGGAUCCUACAUGGCAGGGGAUCUCAGGAUGUGAACCCCGACCUCAAGGACCUCCUGAACAGCAAGAAGGCCAGUUGCAUUUCACCAGCCGCGUCCGCCGGCGGAGACCGGGCCGGCCUCGGUUCGGGUCCCGGGGUCAGGGCGUCGGAGGAUCCGGUCACUCCCUGCAAACGCUCCAAAUUGGACUCAGCGGAGGAAUCUGGGAAAGCAAACUUUACAUUGGACCCGCACGUUCUCUGUCGAACCUUCAGCCCGUGUGGCGGACCCCCGGCGGGGGCGUGUCCUUGGGGACGGAUUGACUGUCUGGACAUCAGGCAGUGUGGGUCCGACUCCCUCCGAGUGCUGAACUCUGCCCUGCCCACAUUCUUCUGCCUUCGCUCUCUAACUCUUCACAGCUUUUUGACCUUCAGGGAUUCGGACGUGCUGCUGCUGGCCACGGCCCUGAAGCGGCUCUCGGAGAGCUCCCGCAGCUCUCUCACCGACCUGAGCAUCAGCGUCCUGCCGUGCAUCCGGCUCGUGGAGGUCCUGUUGGAUGCGAGCCCCCGCCUGACGUCCCUACACGUGGAGGUCCAGACUUUGAUGUGGGGGCCGCGCACCGUACCGCAUUGGCCCCGGACUGUGGAGUCGAACAAGUCAGGGCCGCUGCCCCUGGAGAAGCUGGACAUCAAAGUGGCCGAGCUCCAGACAGAUCUGCACUUCGUCACAUCGGUGCUGAGGCGCUCUCCACGUUUCAGCGCUCUUCACCUCGCCGGGAUGAGGCUCCCGACCGGCUCCUCUUUCGGCCAGCUGUUCACCACGCUCUCAGAGUCAAAUCCCCUCUUGAGGAGUCUCAACUUGGAGGACAUGAAGCUGUCGGAUUGUCUCCCCGAGAUCCUACAUCUACUGAGGGACUGCAAGUUGGAAGAGCUGCGGUUCAGUGACUGCCGCCUCGCGGAGCAGUGGAGCGACCGGGAGGCGGGUCUGCAGCGCCUGGUGGCGGCCCUGAGGGCGGUGCCCUCCCUCCACACGCUCAGCCUGGCUCACAACCGGCUGGCCAAGAACGUGUUUGUGCUGGCGGAGCUGUUUACAGGACCGUCGCCGAGCUCAGUGAAGAGACUGGACCUCAGCUCUAACUUCAUUCAGCCUGCUGAGCUGCUGGAGUUCGCUAAGAGUUUAAGGACACAUCCUCCACGGCACCGGCUGACCCUUGACCUCAGAGUGAACCCAGGGGAUCGAGACCCCGACACGUGGACCGCUGCUCUGAAGAGGCUUCGUCCAUUCUGUGUUCUCCUGGUGAAAGGCUGGAGCUCCACGGACACGAUGGCAGACCAUGUCAGCAACAUGUAGGAGACGCUCUGAGCCCUCGAUGCAACAUGCGUCACUUCUUCUGUCUCGAUUAUAAUCGGAGCAGAACAUACUGUACAUUAUUUUGCUUUGUGACUCACUGAUUGGUUCGACAUAUGUUUUGUUUUUUAUCAAAUGUAAUAUUGAGUGUGUUCACACUGCACACUGGCUCAGUCGGAGAAUAAAAGAAUAUCGCGUUA